UGAAUGCAAGCCAUGCUAUUAGCUGGCCUUGCUUGUGAUGCUUGUUUUUGUUUUUUGAUUUAAUUCAUGUUGUUCCGCGCUGUUUUUGCAAUAUCUGAAAAGAAUAUUGGGAGAUUUGCCGACUGUUUACACGUUUGAUAUUAGCAGACGACGUGUGGGCACUGAACGUGGAGCAGCCUGACAAUACCAUGUGCGAUGAGAUCAAGAUGACUAAUGAAGAACCUCUCCCGAAGAAGGUUCGCCUUAGUGAAUCUGACAUGAAGACCCUGACCAGGGAGGAGCUGUGUGCAAGGUGGAAACAGCAUGAUGCGUAUGUCCAGGUGCUCGAAGCAAAAUAUGCUGAUCUAAAUUCCAAUGACGUGACUGGUCUUAAGGAGUCUGAGGAGAAGCUAAAGCAACAGCAGCAAGAGUCGGCACGAAGAGAGAACAUCCUUGUGAUGAGGCUGGCCACAAAAGAACAGGAAAUGCAGGAAUGUACAACGCAGAUCCAGUACCUGAAGCAAGUUCAGCAACCCAGUGUGGCUCAACUGAGAUCCUCCAUGGUGGACCCAGCCAUCAACUUAUUUUUCCUUAAAAUGAAGGCCGAACUGGAACAGACUAAAGACAAACUGGAGCAAGCCCAAAAUGAACUGAGUGCCUGGAAAUUUACACCUGAUAGCCAGACUGGUAAGAAGCUGAUGGCGAAAUGUCGCAUGCUGAUCCAAGAGAACCAGGAGCUGGGCAGGCAGUUGUCACAGGGCCGCAUCGCCCAGCUGGAAGCUGAACUUGCCCUGCAGAAAAAGUACAGCGAGGAGCUCAAGAGCAGUCAAGAUGAGUUGAACGACUUUAUCAUUCAGUUGGAUGAAGAGGUGGAAGGCAUGCAGAGUACCAUCCUCCUUCUCCAGCAGCAACUGAGGGAGACCAGGCAACAGCUAUCUCAGCAAGCCCAGGCUCUGGGCACCACUAGUGGUGCAGGUCCAAGCAGGAAUAUCUCUUCUCCUCCCAGUACCUCUGAGCCUACUGCUGAAACUGAAACUACUCCCUCAGGCAGUUCCACUGGGGCAAAAGACUGCGGCCGUAUCUUUAACGGUCCUUCCAACGGUUCCAACCAGAGAGGUUUGUCCAGUUCCGGCCCAUUUCGGGAGGCAAGUAGUGCUGACGAGGAUUACCCAGGAUCACCUUGUGCUUCCAGCCCUGCCCACGGAAGUGGAGCCAAACUGUCUAACCACUCAGAGGGCGCAGCGAGCCAAGGCACAGGGGAUGGCUAUGGGACGCUCAGUGCGGGGUAUGAGAGCGUGGACUCUCCAACAGGCAGUGAGGCAUCAGUGACUCAGCACUCAAAUGACACAGACUCCAACACUGACUCCCGUGAGCCCACAACAGUCACCAAGAACACCAGGACAACAGGCACACAUCACACCACUCACAAUGGGCUGGACUCUGCAGCUGUUGCUACAGCUGCCUCCAACCCCUCCACAGGGUCCGUUUUGUAAUCUUUAAAAUGGUGUUGUUUUUUUAUACUCAUGGCAAGAAAAAAUAAGCCACAUGUUUAGGGCCAGUUAGAUUUUUUUUGUUGUUUUUCAGGAAUUGAAAUUUCAGACACUUUUUUUUUUUUUUAAAGCAAUUUCCAGUCAUACCUUUUUUUUUUUUUUUUUUUUUUGCAAAAUAACAUAGCUGCAAUAUUACAUAGUUGUUAAUAUUUUGCAAUAUUACAAAGCUGAUUGAGCAGUAUGGAUUAAAUAAACAAGCAGCAUGAGAAUAAAUAUGUUUUAUGGUUUUAAAAUGUGCUAAAUACAGCUCAAGGUUAUUUGAAAAUCACCCUGUCUAUACUUAAUUUGCUCACUAAAUUAAAACAAGUCAAACAUCUGCUGUACAAUAAAGUUUAAGUCAGGAGGCAAGUUCUACACUUGCUUUACUUACUUCAGAAUGUCCUUAGUUACUUGAUGUUGAACUUUUUUUUUUUUUUUCUUUUGUUUUUUUAAAUAAAAAAAUAACUUUAUCUCCAUGGAAAGAUGAGUUUUUGUUUAAUUUGUGAGUAGAUUUGCUGAGAUGUAUCUUGUUGUAUUCAUAUUCUGAUUUCAAUUCAUUUCGUGUACUGACCAAAUAUCAAUAAAAGCUUUUAAUAUCAA